AUGUUUUUUUUUUCUGAUUAUAUAAAUAAUGGUUAUAGAGAUGAGUUUUUAGAUAUUAUCUAUAUAAUUUGUAUAUUUUUUAGUCUUUAUACUAUUAUUAGUAAAAAUCCUGUGGUUUCUAUUUUUUUUUUGAUAGGUUUAUUUCUUAGUAUUUCAUGCUAUUUAUUUUUUAUUGGUUUAGAAUUUAUUGGUUUAUCUUAUUUAUUAGUUUAUGUUGGUGCUGUAUCUAUCUUAUUUAUUUUUAUUUUAAUGUUAAUAAAUAUACGUAUUUCUGAACUUUUAAGUGAGACUUAUAAUUAUAUACCUUUAGCUAUGUUAAGUGUAAUAUUAUUUAUUUAUAUUUUAGGACAAAAUAUUCCAAAUAACAUUAGUGUAUUAGGAUACAAUAAAUUUGAAAAUUUAAAACAAGAGUAUUUUUUUAAUUACAAAGAAGAUAUACAAUAUGUUAUUAGUUUAAAUUGAGAUAAUUCUUUAGUUAAUAAUACUCAGAUAAGUAGUAUUGGAAAUGUAUUAUAUACUAAUUAUUCUAUUUGACUUUUAAUAAUUUCAAUAAUAUUAUUAUUAGCUAUGGUAGGUACUAUAGUUAUUACUCUAAAUAAAAAUAAAUAA